AUGGCUGAGCAACUCAUUCAACGUGGUACCCUGGAAGGCCACAGCGGCUGGGUCACCGCCCUUGCCACCAGCUUGGAGAACCCUAACAUGCUGCUAUCUGCUUCAAGAGACAAGACUCUCAUCAUCUGGAACCUAACCCGCGAUGAAUCUGCCUACGGGUAUCCGAAGCGAUCACUCCACGGUCACUCGCACAUUGUCUCCGACUGCGUCAUUUCGUCUGACGGUGCCUACGCGCUCUCCUCAUCCUGGGACAAGACUCUCCGACUGUGGGAGCUGUCAACAGGCAACACCACCCGCACCUUCGUCGGCCACACCAACGAUGUUCUCUCAGUUUCCUUCUCCGCAGAUAACAGACAGAUUGUCUCAGGAUCGCGAGACCGAACCAUCAAGCUGUGGAACACCCUCGGAGACUGCAAAUACACCAUCACCGACAAGGGCCACACGGACUGGAUUUCCUGCGUGCGAUUCUCCCCGAACCCUCAAAAUCCCGUGAUUGUGAGCUGCGGCUGGGACAAGUUGGUAAAGGUCUGGGAACUCGCGUCUUGCCGAAUCCAAACCGACCACAUUGGCCAUACCGGCUAUAUCAACACGGUUACCAUAUCGCCUGAUGGCUCUCUCUGCGCGUCUGGCGGCAAGGACGGCACCACGAUGCUCUGGGAUUUGAACGAAUCCAAGCAUUUGUACUCUCUCCAAGCUGGUGACGAAAUCCACGCUCUUGUUUUCUCGCCGAACCGAUACUGGCUGUGUGCUGCCACUACUUCCUCCAUCACCAUAUUCGAUCUCGAGAAGAAGAGCAAGGUCGAUGAGCUGAAGCCCGAUUACGUUGAGAAGGGCAAGAAGUCGCAGGAGCCAUACUGUGUAAGCUUGACCUGGAGCGCAGACGGUCAGACACUGUUCUCUGGCUACACCGACAACAAGAUCCGCGCGUGGGGUGUUAUGUCUCGUGCAUAG